GUUUACACUCUAACUCGCCCCACUCAGCUUUAAGCCGUUAAAUUCAUAACAGGAUGGAAUUUUCAAUAUUGUGAGAACGUUUUCUUAAAAAAAAAAAAACAUUUUUCUUAUUGGAGUCCCGCUUGUUAGUCGACAACUUCCAGUUUCCAGUUGGUAUUAGGAAUACUUUAACCCACCGCAAGCAUCAAACUUUCGACUGUGCAAAAUCAACAAAUUCCCUUCAAAAUCUUAUCUUUCUCUUCCCUUCUGACUGUGCAUUAGUUCCAGUUUUAUCUGCAAAUUCCAAAAUUUAUGGAUCUCACGAGCGAGGUGGGAUUAAGGUUGCUUUUUUCUCCUGUUAGUUCCAACAUUGUUGUUCGGACGGCAUGUUGUACAGUGGGGACUGUUCUUCCAGUUUACUCGACGUUUAAAGCAAUUGAGAACAAUGAUCAAAAUGAGCAACAAAAAUGGCUUCUUUAUUGGACAGUUUAUGGAUCUUUUAGUGUUGCAGAAGUGUUUGCAGACAAAAUACUAUCCUGGUUUCCUCUCUAUUACCAUGCAAAGUUUGCUUUUCUAGUUUGGCUCCAACUUCCAUCUGCCAAUGGAGCCAAGCAUUUGUAUAUGAGCCACCUCCGGCCAUUUUUGCUGAGGCACCAAGCUAGGCUUGAUCAAAUAUUGGAGUUCGUCUACAAUGAAAUGGGCAAAUUCAUCAGUGCACACCAAUCAGAAAUCAACUUUGUUAGGGCACUUUUUGUGAAGCUCAUGGCAUCAGUGAACCAGAUUGUUUGGAAUCUUAUUCACCCUGUGCAAGGACAGCCAAAUCGUUCCAUUGAAGGCCCAAGACAAGUAGAUUCAGAUGCAGGAUCUGACGGUGAAGAUUGAUGCUUUCGUAAUGAGCAUAAUUUGCAGAUGUUGCCCCUGUUUGAACUCCCUCUACUCUUUUUCCUUUUGGUUAAUUUUCAUUUGUACCAACAUUUCUCUCGAGUGUGAGAAGUUUAAGGUUCAGCAUAUAUGGGAGGAGUUUCUGUUGGCAUACGAAUGCGGCGCUAUAGUCUUGGAUCCCAUUAUGAUGUAUUUUUUUUUUUUUUUUUGUAAAUAGGAUUUUAUCUAUAAGUUUUACCUUUGCAGCAUUUGCUAGAGCAAAAUCUUUACAAGGUAUAGAAGUUGAUGUAGUUAACCUUUUUUGGCUACCUUGGUUUGAGAUGUAUCUCCAAAUGGCAGCCUCAAUUUAUAAUUUUACCACUAUCAUAAACAGGCUCUCAUGGAUUAGACGUGUAUGAGGAUAUUAUAUCCACAAGUAUACUCAGCCUCGUGGUUUUCUAUUUA